UGCGCUCGAGGUCGGCACGAGCUUCACUUCUCUUCCGCGUUAACGACUAGCCGGCUGUUCGACCUUGACGGUACGAUGCCUCUUUUCUCGCUUAAAAUCUAAGGCGAGCGGGUACAAAUCCAACCACCUCUAAAGGCCGCAGCGGCGUUUCUCAACCCGUCUCGUCUCAUUGAAUGAUGACGUCCGAAACUGUACUUCGACCUGUCGCGUCCAGCAGCUGUAGGAGACGCGUCUGAGUCACCUGGCAGAAGAGGAACUGCGUUAUUCCUUUCGCGUAAAGGAACCCUGCACACGGCAUGGCGGCACCGAAGCCCAACAGACCACUCACGGACAUGCACAAAUGGAUGUCUACGGGCUCUCUGUUCCUCCCGUACGGCACAGCGGAGGACUACGCGCAAGCCGACGACGAUGCAGCUGACGGCAGAGCGUGCAACAUGGUUAACGCCGAUUCGCUGGACUUGGACACAUUCAAGGUAAACGAAGGCCUGUCCAAGUACAAGGAUGCCCUGAAGGUCCUCAUACCCGUCCGACCUAAAUCCAAAGACAAGCAUGAGAUGCCCACCAGCAAGGCGGGUCUGUUCUCGUUCAUCUCGCUUGUCUGGAUGACCAAGUUGAUGUGGAAGGCCUAUCGUCAGGGCAUCCACCAAGAGGACCUCUGGCAGAUGGCUCCCAGUGAAUCAUCCGAGGUCAACGUCAAGAGGCUCGAGCGGCUCUGGAAAGACGAGCAGCUACUGCAGGGAGAGAAUGCUCAGUUUUGGAGAGCAGCCGCCAGGUUCUGCAAGACGCGUGCCAUUGUUGCGGGCCUCUUCAUCUGUCUCGGCAUGACUUUUCAGUUCCUCGGCCCCGCUGUGCUGCUGCGUGCGAUUCUCUUGUACCUUGAGGAUGCUCACGCCAGCUUGAGCACAGGCCUGCUGCUUGCCUUCGGCCUUGUGGGGACUCAGCUGAUGCGUUCGGGAUGCCUGAGCAUGUCAUGGGUGAUUGGUGCACACACUGCUAUCAGACUUCAGGGAGCCCUGCAAUUGCUGUUGUACCGAAGAAUGCUGAAGGUUAGGGUAGAAGAAAAACAUUCGGGGCAGGUGAUCAACCACGUCACGAAUGACAUGGAGCGGAUAUUCGAUGCUGCCAUGAAUGGGACGUUGAUGUUGGGGACCCCGGUGAUGUUCCUUUUGACGCUAGUCUACAGCUGCUACCUUAUAGGGCCCUGGGCUUUCAUGGGCAACAUUGUGAUUUUGCUGUUCUACCCAAUCAUGGGUGGAAUCGCAGCUGUGAUAGCCAAGUUGCGGCGACUGGCUGUGAAGAGGGCCGACGAGCGGGUAGAGCUGAUGGCCGAGGUGGUGAACAAUAUCCGCCUCAUCAAGAUGUACGCUUGGGAGCAGCCCUUCGCCAGCAAGGUUCAUGAUGUACGGAAUGAGGAGCGCAAAGUGCUCAUGAAGGGCAACUUUCUGCAGUCGCUGUCGACGACUGUGACGCCUGUGAUCCUGAUAAUGGCAACGGUGACCACGUUGCUGGGAUAUGGGGCGACUGGCCACCAACUGCUGGCCUCCAAGGCCUUCACUCUGUUUGCGCUUUUCAAUGGCAUGGGCUUCUCUAUAGGAACCUUGCCCUAUGCCAUCAGAGCAGUUACGGAAGCCAAAGUAGCUCUGCAGAGAAUACAGGCGCUUCUAGAACUGGACGAUGCCAAAGUGUGGGUGAGGAAGAUCGAGGAGAAAGACAAGCGAUUUGCCGUGACGGUUUCGGACGCCUCGUUCACGUGGAACAGUGUGCAGUCCAACAAUAUCAAGAGUGUUGACAUCGUAAAGGACAGGUUUAAGGGUGUACCAAAUGCCAAGCGGGCGAGGCACAGAGGAGGAGCACAAGAGGCGUGCAAUGGGGAUGCGAACGAGAGGGUGCCAAUGACUGAAGCGAUUGCCGAACCCGAGGAGGCGUUGAGAGAUGUGACCUUGCACAUCAAGAAGGGGUCACUGAUUGGCAUUUGCGGUCGUGUGGGCGGUGGCAAGACUUCACUGCUGAAUGCGUUGUGUGGUGAGAUGAACUUACUGAAGGGAGAAAUGGAUGUCAAUGGAAGCAUUGCGAUUGUGACCCAGCAGGCCUGGAUUUUCAAUGCAACUAUUAGGGACAACAUUCUCUUCGGGUUGCCGUACUUGAAGUCAAGAUACGAUGCAGUUCUUGAAGCUUGCUGCCUCUUGCCCGACCUGGCAAUGUUUAGUUGUGCAGACCUCACAGAGAUUGGUGAGAAAGGGGCAACUCUGAGCGGGGGCCAGCGGCAGCGCAUCAACCUGGCACGGGCACUGUACAGCGACCGGGACAUCUUUCUGCUGGACGACCCGCUGUCGGCUGUGGAUUCGCGCGUGGCACGCCACUUGUUGGAGCACUGUAUCCUGGGUGCACUGCGGGAAAAGACGGUCUUCCUCGUCACCCACUCGAUGUCCGCCCUGGAGAAGUGCCAGCAGAUCCUGUACAUGCGCGGCGGCCGCAUCAUCGAGCGCGGCACGCACGCUGCCCUCGUCUCGUUCCCCGGCGAGUACCGCAAGAUGUUCCACAUGGAUGCGGCGGCCGCCAAGCUUCCCGUCGAGACCGGAGCCGGAGGUUGGUCUUCUGGCGAUGUGCCAAUGGUGGAUUCAGUCGACUCAAAGGAAGCGUUGGCUAGUGACAAGGAAACAGUGGACGGCAGCAUGGAAGGCAGCAGCCGACUGGUGAAGGACGAAGAGAAGGCAGUCGGGGGCCUGUCGAAGCGUGCCAUCUGGCUGUACGUUAGGGCUGCGGGCGGCCCCUGUGUGGUCAUCCUACUGGCCCUGGCCUUCCUGGUGUUCGUCUGCGCACAGAUGUUCGCCAACAUCUGGCUGCAGUACUGGGUCGACUCGAUGCAGGCCCGUAAACCUGCCUUUGCCAAUGAGACGUCCAUGCAGUCACCACUCACAGGUGUCUCGACUGCUCACAACCAGUCGUUUCACAAAAACUCUACGGAUGCGCCCGGCCACUCAGACAGCAUCUACUACAUUGCCUACGGUGUUGCUGUGCCCGUGAUGCUGUUUUGCGGCAUUGUAAAAGGAAUUGCGUGCACUGUGAUUUUGCUACGUGCCUCCAGCAAGCUUCACAACCACAUGCUCCAUGGUAUACUGCGAAGCCCAACAAGCUUCUUUGAUGUGACUCCAUCGGGUCGCAUCACCAACCGAUUUUCCAAGGACAUGGAUGAGAUGGACAUCCGGGUGCCGUUCUUCCUGGAGAUGGUGGUGCAGAGCCUGCUCUCAAUAGCGCUGCAGCUGAUCAUCUCGGUGUACGUGUACCAGGUGUUCUGCAUCGUGCUGGGCGCAGCUGUGGUUGUGUACCUCUUGCUGGACCGCUGGCUCAACGUUGGCGUGCGCGAGGUCAAGAAGCUGGACAACGUGGCCCGCUCAGCAGUGAUCGUGCACCUCUCCACCACCCUGCAGGGUGUCGCGGUCAUCCGAGUCUUCGGCUGCCACAAGUGGUUCACCAACAAGAUGUACGAGUUGGUGAACAAGCACUCUGUAGCGCACGUGGUGUUCCACUUGGCCUCUCGGUGGUUCACGUUGCGCAUGGAGUUUGUCGGCACCUGCAUGGUCGCGGCUGCAGCCUUCAUUGUGGUCAUCAUGCGGCAGAGCGUCAGCACCGGGCUUGCAGGCCUCAUGCUGGCCUCCGUCUUUUCUGUAUGCACUUUUAUACCUUUCAUUAUGAGGCUGAAGUCUGAACUGUCAGCCAGGCUUACUUCAAUGGAAAGAAUUCACGAGUACUGUCAGGAUCUGACUGAGGAGGCGCCCCAGCACGUGCAGAGCUGUGGAGAGAUGAAAGGCUGGCCCACCGAGGGGGACCUGCGCUUCGACAAGGUGUGCCUGCGUUACCGCGACGGGCUACCCCUGGUGCUGCAAAACAUCAGCUUCCACGCACGCGGCGGUCACAAAGUGGGCGUCGUCGGCCGCACUGGCGCAGGCAAAUCGUCCAUCCUGGUUGCGUUGAUGCGAAUGAAAGAGCUGGAAUCUGGGUGCAUCAUGCUGGAUGGUGUCGACAUCAGUUCUCUGGGGCUCCACGAGCUGCGUUCUUCGAUAGCUGUGAUCCCGCAGGAGCCUGUGCUCUUUCAGGGCACAGUCAGAUACAACUUGGAUCCUGCAAACAGGAAAAGUGACGCAGAGCUCUGGGAAGCCCUGGAAAGAGCACAUUUAAAGGCAAAGAUUGAAAAAGAAGACAAGCAACUUGAAAGUGUUGUGGAGAAGAAUGGAGACAACUUCUCCGUUGGCGAGCGACAGCUCCUGUGCCUGGCGAGAGCAAUGUUGCGGCACAACAAGCUUUUAGUCCUGGACGAAGCCACAGCAUCAGUGGAUGCCGAGACAGACCGGCUGAUCCAACAAACGGUGCAGGAGACCUUUGCAGACUGCACCGUUUUGACCAUAGCACACCGGCUGCACUCUGUUCUCAGUUGUGAUAUGGUGAUUGUGCUGGACGCAGGACAGGUUAUUGAAAUGGGCAGCCCUUUCACCCUUUCGAACGACACCAACACAGUAUUUUCGGCAAUGCUGAAGGCGUCUGGCAUCCAGGCACCGACGAGUGAAGUGCGCCACUGAAUGUGCACAGCCGUGCUGCAGCCUAGCUGCUGGACACUUCGGCGCUCCUGUGUGUUGUAGACGGGACCUCGUCAUCAUCGCGCGAGUCUUCUAAUUGUAGGAUCUAAUUUUUACGUCUUUUUCUUUCUUGUGUGCAUUUUUUUUUCCUGUUCGCGAUAUACAUCCAAUAUUUUUUUAGGACUUGCAGACUAUUACGAAUCUCCUUUGUUAGCUGUGCGCAAGGCGUCCAUAAAUCCACAUCUGCAUAGCUUUUCCUUUCAUUUGAAAUUUUUGCAUUUGUGCCAUGGAAGCUUUUGUGACGGCGCUGUUUUGAAAUGACUUUUUCCUCAGGGUAAGCACGGUUUACUUUCUCUAGGUGCAGAAUCGUGGUUGCUGGGCGAAUUGUUGGUUUAUAAUAUAACGAAAAUUUUUGUAUUCUCAGAGCGCACUGGUGCCCUGGGGUGAUUCUGCGGCCACAUUUUCUACAUUUCUUUGUCGUUUAAUGACUGCCUACUGUUGUGCUACAGGCAUAUUCCUUGUGAAAGUCAUCGUAGGUAAUUGCCGCCUACAACUGAGUAUAUUCAUUUGAGAUCUAAGUGAAUGUAAUCUAGGACUUUUGCAAUUGAUCGCUUAGAACAAGUUAGCCCCGAGUCGGGAUAAUGCAAUAAUUCUCUUCAAAUUAUUUUUGUUUUGCACUUCAUCAGUGGUUCGAGUGACGUACGCAUAUGUUACCACUUGCAUCAUAAUCGCAGUGAUGGCUGGAUGGUAAGAAAUGAAUAUAAUUGAAGGACAGGAUCUGUACAUUAUAUACCAGCCUUGGUGUUAGCUUAUGUUGCAGAUGCAUACUUUGAGACUUGCCUGCUAUGCAGGAACUUGUGUGUGAUGUCACACUGCAUGGUUUCCUUCGACGAUCAUUCAACGCUUGCAUUAGCUGCAAUCAUGCUCACAAUGUGUUCGCGCAUGCAAUUGUUUUGCACAAUGCACAACUGCCGUCGACACCUCGAUGCCUUUUCGUCGCGACGAGAGCGAGAGAUCUGCUGUUUGCAUUUUGCCUUAUUCCUUUUUGCGAGGCCACUGACACUUAGUAUUCGUGCCCUGCGAGAUUGUGCCUUAUUAGGUCACUUUGCCCGGCCACACGAAACUUAAAGGUCAUUUUUAUGUGUCACACUGCACCGGUUGGGUGGGGAAUACAAAGAUUUUAAGACACAACAAGCCUUGUAUGUGUGUGCCUUCGUGACUUACUUAGACUGGUGUUUUUUAACUGUAGUGUAAACUUUGCAAACUAUUGCAAAUAUACCAAUUACCAGUGGGUCGUGUGAAGGAAGCGACUCAUCGUUCUUAUUCCUCAUUUUGUUCCUACGUUUUACACCGGUAUAUGCACUUUUAGUAGCCUAUAUAUUUUGUUGCUCAAGUUGAGUUUCAUUUGUUUGAAAGGUUUAUACGUAGACCAGUGAAACUAAAAAGUUUAUACGUAGACCGGUGAAACAUUCGGUGAUACUUUUCCAUCAGUAUUAAUCCGCAUUUUAUAGUGCUGUCAACAGAAACCGCAGCAGGCCAACUGCUGUGGUUAGUCCCUCAUUUUGUGAUAACAUUAUGAGUGAAAUAUUUUUAGUGCCACAUUCUAUUUAUUCAGCUUACAUAUCAUUGUAUACAAAAGUUCUCUGCAUGCCGUUCUAUGUUGAAAAUCUGUUGAUGUUUCUCGGUGCCUCUGAGAAUAAUAAAGGCUCGUUGGACUUCACAACUGUU